GGCAUCUCUAAUGCAGCUUCCUGUUGCUGUUUGUGCCAUUUGAUCGCUGCUGUCAUACGGAACAAACUGCUGCUGUCUCAGCACUUUAUAUGGUGGUUUCAUGGCUCAGUGUUACACAAUAUCACUGACCAUGAACAAGAUGAAGAUGAAGCUGCCUGAGCGGAUCCUAAAUCACAUCCUGGAGAUUCUCUACCUGCUGACGGGAGAGCGUGUGACUAACUUACUGACAGUGAGUGAUAUGACCGGGGACAAGAUGACAACAGAGAGGAUACUGACCCACACCCUGCAGAUCAUGUACCUGCUGACAGGGGAGGUGCCUAUAAAGUGUGAUGAUGUUGCUGUGUAUUUCUCUAUGGAGGAGUGGGAGUAUAUAGAGGGACACAAGGAGCUUUACAAGGACGUCAUGAUGGAGACUCACCAAGGACUAAGUACUAUGGAAAUCCCAGGAUAUGAGAGCUCAGAACUAACAGGUCACAGUGAUGAAAAUCUAGACACAGGAACACAAAGAGAACUUGUACAGAAUAUUCAGCCAUCAGAUGUCUCUGCAAAUGUUAUAACCGAAGAUCUGAAUGUAAUGUGUCACCUGGAAGUUCCAAGGCAGGAAAUGUGUUACAGCGGCAGUGCAGGUGAAAAUUAUGCUAAGAUUUCAUGUAACACGGAACAAAUAGAAGAUCAGUGGCAAAGAAAUAUAACAGAAGCUGCAGAGCAGGAAAUAUGUGACAAUAUAAGUACAGGUGAAUUCACAAACUGCAAUAAUCCAAAUCAUAAUCAGAGUGCAGAUGCUUCUUUACAUCUUCUUCAAAAUCAAAGAAGCCACUUGGGAAAUUUAUGUUCUGAAUGGGGGAAAAGUUUUCUUAAGAAAUCACAUCUUCUUAGACAUCUAAAAAUUCAUACAGGAGAAAAGCUAUUGUCCUGUUCUAUAUGUGGGGAAUGUUUUAACCAUAAAACAAAUCUUGAUGUUCAUCAGAAAAUUCAUACAGGAGAAAAAGGAUUUUUAUGUUCUUACUGUGGGAAAUAUUUUACUCAGAAGUCACAUCUAAUUGAUCAUCAAAGAAUUCACACAGGAGAGAAAGCAUUUUCUUGUUCUGACUGUGGGAAAUGUUUUACUCAGAAAUCAAAUUUUAUUAAGCAUCAGAAAAUUCAUACAGGAGAAAAAGAAUUUUCAUGCUCUUACUGUGGGAAAUGUUUUACUCAGAAAUCAAAUCUUAUUAAGCAUCAAAAAUUUCACACAGGUGAAAAGGGAUUUUUAUGUUCUGACUGUGGGAAAUGUUUUACUCAGAAAUCAGAUCUUAUUAGGCAUCAGAAAAUUCACACAGGAGAGAGAGAAUUUUCAUGUUCUGACUGUGGGAAAUAUUUUACUCAGAAAUCACAUCUUAUUAAGCAUCACAAAAUUCAUUUUACUAAUGAUCAUCAGAGAAUUCACACAGGAGAGAAAGCAUUUUCUUGUUCUGACUGUGGGAAAUGUUUUACUCAGAAAUCAAAUCUUAUUAAGCAUCAGAAAAUUCAUACACGAGGAAAAGAAUUUUCAUGCUCUUACUGUGGGAAAUGUUUUACUCAGAAAUCAAAUCUUAUUAGGCAUCAGAAAAUUCACAAAGGAGAGAAAGAAUUUUCAUGUUCUGACUGUGGGAAAUAUUUUACUCGGAAAUCAACUCUUAUUAGCCAUCACAAAACUCAUUUUACUCAGAAAUCAGCAUUUAACCUCCUAAGUGCAGAGGGUGAUACGUAGUUGUCAGCCACACAAUACCAAGACCCCCUGGGGCGUGCAGUUUUGGAGAAGUUUGAGGCCCUUUCUGCACCUCAAGCGUUUAUGAGGUGACCCCGUGGUGGAUUUGAAUUAAAUCACUAGUCAUUAAUUGCAAAUUAAAUAAUGUUUUUCAUUUUUAGAAUGUAUGUAUGUAUGUAUUGAGUACUUGUAAAGCGCGGCUAAUAACCUGUAAGGGUCUCAAGGCGCUGCUAAUUUUAUCGACCUCGGAAGGAUGAAAGGUUGAGUGUACCUCACCGGGGAUCGAACCUGCAACCCUUGGGAUGCCACAGAUCUCAGCCACAGUGCCUUAGCAUGCUGAGCUAUCUGUCCGGCUAGAAUUUUUCCAGUUAUAUCAGACCAUUACAGAUUUGAUUAUAUAUCAUUAGAUAUGCAUAGAUAGAUCAUUGAAAUCAAAGGGACAUUCAUCACCAGAAUUUUUGUUGUUUUAAAAGAUAGAUAAUCCCUUAAUUACCCAUUCCCCAGUUUUGCAUAACUAACACAGUUUGAUACUUUUGCUUCAGCAGAGGCUUCUUUUGGGAGAAAGGUUCUUCAAGCAGUGGUGCCUUCUGUUUAGGUUAAUUGUCUUGUCCCUCCCUUAUCAUCCAUGUCCUCUAGCUUGGGUAUUGGUUCCCAACAGUAAUUAAGAUGAUCCGUGAACUCACCGUGCAUUAGAAAGAAAACAUAAUUUAUUCUUACCUGAUAAAUUUAUUUAUUUCUUGACACGGUGAGUCCACAGCCCGCCCUGUUUUUCAGACAGUUUCCUCUUCUAUAAACUUCAGGCACCUCUGCACCUUAGACUAAUUUAUUUUCUCCUUUCCCUUUGGUCAAAUGACUGGGGAUUGUGGGUAGGGGGACUGGUAUUUAACAGCUUUUGCUGUGGUGCUCUUUGCCUCCUCCUGCUGCUCAGGAGUGAUAUUCCCAACAGUAAUUAAGAUGAUCCAUGGACUCACUGUGUCAAGAAAUAAAUAAAUUUAUCAGGUAAGAAUAAAUUAUGUUUUUUGACACACUCCUUAUGGUGCAUAAACAGCUAAAUAACCCAAUGGUCGGCCAAUUGUGGCAGGUUAAACUCUGUAUGCACUAAAAUAGCCACAGACAAAAUCAUUCUAUUUAGCCUGGAUGUUUAUAGUCUGCACACCGUAAAAAAAGCAAGAGAGCCGUAUUGCUGCAGUAAAGAGAGCUUUGGAUUAGUGUAUUAGAUAGACUGCAACUCAGAAGGGCGUUUUUGAAGAAUUCCUACUGAUUUCAUUGUACCACAAUUAUUUAUUGUUCUAAGAUACCUUUUAUUUACAAAAACAAGGUACUGACAUGGAAUCUAAUGCUGCUCAAACAUACACUAAUAUCUAUAUGAACACAAUUGAAAAGAAGUAUGUGUAUGAGAACAAAAUUUUCUUGAAGUAUUCAGCCACAUGGUGGCGCUAUAUAGAUAAAUUGUUUGGUGUGUAGUAUGGUGACAUUGGAUCUCUUGAAAUGUUUAUUCAGGAUUUAAACUGUAGUACUAACUCUAUAACAUUUACAUUAACAUGCAGUGAAGAAUAUGUUAACUUCUUAGAUACAGCUGUCUACAGAGAAGGGGCAUUUUAAAGAUGGAUUUGUUUACCAAGCCCACAGAUAGGAAUAGUAUUCUACAGUUUGAUAGUUUUCAUCCUAAAUGUAUAAUUAGUUCCCUUCCACUCAGUCAAUUUGUAAGGGUUAGAAGAAUAGUGACCAAACAGAACAGACUACAGAAUAGACUUAACGGUAUUGAUGAGGCCUAAUUUCAAGACCCUUUAAACACCUGUAGCUUUCCCCUUCUCCUUUCGACUCUGAUAUUGCACUGCAAAUUAAAUGACAAGCGCUUGGAGAACCGUCUUACACAACACACAUAGAGAUAUGGUUUGCAAAACAGCUCUGAUUUAUUGUGUCAGGAUGACCACUUUAUAUACUCUUCAAACAUACAUUGAAACACAUAAUCAUUAGCUCAUUUCUAAGACACAAAAGUACAGAUGAGUCCUGUAAGUCGUAUGUAUCCUUGUCUUAUAUUCUUAUGUCAAUAGGUAAAUUUAUCACUGACAUGACAAAGGAAUAAUGUAAAAAUCUCAAAAUACACUAAUUAGAUAUAUAGCUACAUUUGACCUAAAGAAAUUGUCUACAUAUCAGUAUUUCUGCAUGUAGCUCAAGAGUUCAAAAGUAUAUUAACAAGAAAACUGUGUGAAAGGUUAUAAUGUUUCUUGCUACAUUUUGAUAUAAUAAAGAUACAAUAAAAGAUACAAAAGAUACAUUUGUAAUUCAAGGUAAUGAGAUAUACAUAAUGAUACAAUGUGUGUAUAUGAUACCUAGAUAACAUAAUAUUCUUACAAUGCCUCCUUUUAUUCUGAAAGAAUAACAUAUAAUAAGGAGAAAAAGCUUAUAGACUGAUGUAUGCCUCAGAAAUCAUCAUGAGAAUAGAAAAAGAUAGGAGUUUACCUGAGAGUGAGGGUGUGAUAGAGAGGGUAGACAGGAUGAGAGGGUGGGAGGUCUUUGAGAGAUUCAAGGGAAGGAGGGCGUUUGGGGGAACGGGAUGGAAUAAUGGUCAGGUAUUGGGUAAUGGAAAGAAAUGAAGUAGUAGCAGGUAACAUAGCCAUGUAAGAUUGAUCAGAGUGAUCAUUGUACGGUGCGAAUUUAGUAGUGGGUGAUGUAAAUCUGUUAAUAGCACACACACUUAGCUUAAACAAUAGAUAUAUUAGCAAAAUAAUAAUAGCAAUAAUAAUACCCAUAAUAAUACGCAUACCAAGGGAACCUAUCCAUGAGCCAAAACUAUCAAAAGCACCAUAUGCUUGUUUACGUAUUUUACUUUGGACCUCAUGUAAUUUAUUUAUGUCUUGAUAAUAAAUAUACAAGUCGUGCCUAUUCUCGCACAACCCCCCCCCCUCUCUGCUGCUAGAAGAUAGUCUAGUGCCAUUCUGUUUUGGAGAGUGGUUUGUGCAAUUUGUUCUUGUUUCAUGCUAAGUGGUUCUAUAGCAUCAGUAGUGUAAUUAAAAGCCUCAUCUGUGAGUGUUGCAAAAAGAUUUAGCUUAUAAUAAAGUCUAAUAGAUGCUGAAGGGACCCAGGAUGCAGACCAUAUUUCAUCAUAAUUGGCUUUAAUAGUAAGGCCUGAUGCAGAUGAGUUUUUAAACGCUGCGCUUCCAUGCUAGCAAAUUUUAUCAUUGGGCAGUGUGGUGUGAGUGUGAAUUGCAGGGAUGAUAUAUCCUAAAUAGCAUGGAGAGAAAUGUGUACAUGGUAUCAUCUUUACAGCCCAUAUUUCACAUAACCAAUAAUAACCAUAGUGUAAAUUGGGUGUAGAUGGACAUAAUGGAUUUUUAUGUAAGGGAUAAUGAUGUUUGGUGGCAGCACCUGUAUAAGUGACCAUAUUAGGUGCAGUUAGUUUAAACCAAUCAUAAAUAAUUUUGUGUAUUGGAUUUAAUGUUAUAGAUGUAUUAUGGUAGAGAGAAAGAUAAGUAUUAUCCCAAAGGUCAAUACUGUUAUAUGUUCUAUCUCUUAUACCACCAUUGUAUGAAAAUAACACAGUUGGGGGCCAUUUGUCAAUGAUAUCUGGGUUAAAAAUAGAACCAUUAUGAUUCCAUGACAUUAUGGAGCCAUUCUUAGCAUAAUUUAUAAGAUGUACUUUUAGUUUUUCUGAUAAGUCCUUGGAUGAAUUACUGAACGUGAAAUUGCACAUAGUAUGGGAGGUGAUUAAAUUAUGUAAAUCGUCAGUGUUGAGAGGGUGACCAAAUAUGGAUAUCCCCACUUCUCUCCAUGAGGGGCAUAGCCACAAACCCAGCAUGGUUUUGUUUUAUUAGUCACCUUAUAUAAGUUCACAGUGGUUUUAACAAAAGUAUUGUCUUUUUCCAUGAUGUGAGAUGUAGAUCUCUUGACCUGCGGGAGUGAAGCACAUUGGCUUUUGGAGUGUCAUUAUUAUCAUUGUGCAGGGACAUACCAGGACUAGGGAUUGAACUUGAACUGUAGGUUGGGACUCCAAUGACUAACAUAGCCACUAGGCUAGUGGCAGCACCAACAAGGACUGUUAUGAUUAACAAAUAGAUGACAGCUCGUCGGGUUGAACAGCGGGCACUGAAGGACCAGCAUGUCAGGGUUUUUUCCCUGUUUUGUUUGCCAUGUGCUGCUGGCAGCCAUUUUACUCACCUCUCUUGCUGACUAUGGUGCAUUAUGGGGAUGCUGCUCAUUUCCUGCACUUCCUUUUAUGGCCAGACUGGUGUGCAUCAUCUGUGUGAGACAGGAUGUAGUCUCAGAAUUGUGAUGUCAUCACUUAUUAUUUAAAGGGCCUCUGUUCAGUAUGCUUUGCCUUUGUGUUGUCUCAGACCUGUUUGUGAGAGUUCCUGUGUAUUACCUCACUGUCUGACGUCCUUCCUGGUUCCUGAUCCCUGACUUGUUCCUGACUCUGCUGUUUUCCUUAUUCCUGAUUCCAGCUCGUCUGACUAUUCGCUUUGGCUCCUGACUCGGCUCGUCUGACUACCAGCUCUGGUUUUGACUCCUGGCUUGUUAUUUGACUUGUGGACUUUUUAUUUUUUUUUUGUUAUUAAUAAAUUUGUGAUUAUUUUUGCACUUCUCGUCUCAGUCUGAUUCCUGGCACCCUGACAAAGCGUCUGUCUUUCCAUUCUGUGGGACUAGCAUGAUCCUGCUGGCAUGGAUCCAUGUUGGGCUCUCGUCUGUAAGGAUUGAGGUGCGUGUUACUGUGAUGACCUCUGUGGGUGGUCCAAAAGGAGGAUCCAGACUUUUAUUCUUGUGCAAUCGCUUUACCAGGACCUUGUCUCCAGGCUUGAAAGGGUGUGUCGGUGUACCUGAAGGGGAUGGCAGCGUAAAAGAUACAUCACCAUAGAUACUGUUCAGUUUCUCCACAAGUUUUAAAACAUAUUCUCCCCUUACCACCUUUAUGUUUGCACCAAGGAGUAGGAAAUUGUCUACCCAUUAAAAUUUCAAAUGGUGAAUAACCAGUAGUGGCACUAGGGGUCAUUCUGACUUCUGCCAAUGCUGCAGGUAAAUGUUAAGGCCAAUUAGUAAAAGUGCCAUCAGUUCCCUUCCUCAACGUUUCUUUUAUAGUUCUUUUCAUCUUCUCUACCUGACCUGAGGAUUCAGGAUGAUAUGGUAUAUGAAAUUUCCAUUCAAUGGAAAGCAAAGUACAAACCUGUUGAGUUACUUGAGAGACAAAUGGAGUACCUCUAUCACUAUUUAUCUGUAGAGGGCAGCCAAACCUAGGUAUAAUUUCUUUACACAAAAUUGUAGCUAUGGUUUUAGCAUUUUCUUUUGCUGUGGUGAAAGCCUCUACCCAUUUACUGAAUUGGUCUACAAUAACCAAUAAGUAUUUUAUGCCUCCAUUUGCAGUAGGCAUAUGUGUGAAAUCAAUCUGUAAUGUUUGCAUAGGGCCAUCAGGUAGCUGUAGAUCUAAUUUACCAUGUAUGGUACCUCCAGGAUUAUUUUGUGCACAUGUUAGGCAUCUACUUAAUUGUGCAUCUAUUAGUGAGUGUAAAUCAUGUAUUACAUACCGUUGUAACAUGUUGUGUUCUGUAAGACGGUUCUCCAAUCGCUUGUCAUUUAAUUUGCAGUGCAAUAUCAGAGUCCAAAGGAGAAGGGAGAAGUGGAAAGCUACAGGUGUUUAAAGGGUCCUGGGUCCUGAAAUUAGGCCUCAUCAGGUAUGAAAAACACAUUUUUACAAUAAGAUUAUCCAUUGACUCUAAUAUAAAAGGAAUUGAAUAGACCAGGUAGCAAUACAUGUUAGAGGAAAAACAAAAAACCAUAAAGAGAAGCGCCUAGUCUUUUUAUGGAUCACACGGAACAUAAUAAACAUAUUAUGAGUAUUCUUAAAGGGACAGUUUACUCAAAAAAUGUAUAUCCUUAAAUUUGUUCCCAAUGAUCCACUUUACCAGCUGGAUUGUAUUAAAUUGUUUACAAUAUUUACUUUACCCUUAUAUUGGCAUUUGAAAUAGUUGAAUUAGCCUGUGGUAUCCCCACCUAUUCUGAAAGUUUUUGGCUUUAGAGCCAAGCUAUAAAUAAGCUGUGUAAACACAUCCAGCAGAAUAAAUUACACUCCCAGUGGGGUAUAGCAGAGAUAAGGUAAUAAAAUGUUAAUUUUCCAUUGCUCUCUCCAAGUAUUGGUAUUUGGUUUAUGUACAGAUAAAUGAAAAAGGAGCAGGUAUAUGUACACAAUCUGAUAAAGUAAUGAGAUCUGAUUAUACCUACAAGCUCAACCGAUUUUAUUAGGUUGUGGCUUCAAAACACAAAAUCAGCUAAUUCAUAUACACAGAUAAACCUUAAAAAGCAAAUUCUCAUACAUUUUAUAUUCUGCAACUGGUAAAAAAAAAGUAAUUGGCAACACAUUAAGGGAAAAACAAUUUUACAUUAUACUGUCCCUUUAAGCAAUAUUGGCCGAUAUUACAGAAAUUGAAUCCUAAUGUUUCUGAUGUCCAUGUGGGAGGAUUUAUAUUGGGUAGACCACCCGUAUCUUAUCUUGAUAAGCGUAGGGUGAAACGCGUCGAAAGCUGUGGUUUUUAUUCACUUUGGAAAUCUGUAUACUACUUUCUUUUAAGAGACGCUUUAACCCGGGUUAUUUGCUCUUGUAAUAUUCCACCAAGUCUGUGGCCUGCGUGGCACUAAGUGCAGGUGAAGAUUGCGAACCAUUCUCAUAGAGAAGUUUGUUUCACUUUGCUUCCUCCUUAUUGCAAUAUUGGUAUAUCGUAAAAAAUCAGAACGGACAGAUUGUUGGGCAAAGACAAGCCUCCCGAGUUUCACCCGUGACGUCAGACGCCAGAGUCACGUGGGGUGAACUCGCGGUUGUAAGUAUACUUCCAGCCGAACGAUACAGAUCAAUUCCCCAGGGACAUGGGAGCUAAGGUAUGAACUAAGUAACAGGAACUGUUUACCGGAUUAUACAGACACAGGUAAUCUUAUUCCAAAUACUGGAACCGAUAAGAUCACUAUACUCUCCAAGUUGGGAUUGUGAAAAGAAAACUUUUUGGAUCUAAAUAUACAGUAUGUGGUAUUGUCAGAAAGACUUUUAUUAGCUAUUCACAAAUAUAUGUGGCUUUGUCAGAAAGACUUUUAUUAGCGGUACACUAAUAACCAUUGUUGUGCAUAAUUUGUACUUAACCACACCAGGUCAACAGUAUAAGCUGAAUUUUGUAACUUAGUAACGACACUAUUACUUGUAUAGUCAAUUUUACUUUUUGUUGCCAAUUUUAAAUCUCUUUGAUGCAUAUUGAAUUUCUGUGUACACACAUACUUAAGGGAGACGUCCCUGUUUUUAUUGUUCUAAGUGAAUUCUUAUUUUUCACACAUAACCUGCUCUAUAUCAAAGAUAUUUUUUACUACAUUAAAACAUACAUUUUUUAUCCUUU